AUGUAAUCAAAGAGAACUAUAACCUCAAGCCAAAACAAAUCACUUUAUUUAUCAAUAAAAUAUUUCAAAAAGUUCAAAUAAUUCAUAAAAACUGCUGUUGUCAUGGCUAAGCAUCAUCCAGAUUUAAUUUUCUGUCGCAAGCAACCUGGAGUGGCUAUCGGACGUCUUUGUGAAAAGUGCGAUGGCAAAUGUGUCAUCUGCGAUUCAUACGUCAGACCAUGUACAUUAGUGAGAAUAUGUGAUGAAUGCAACUAUGGAUCUUAUCAGGGUAGAUGUGUUAUUUGCGGAGGACCAGGUGUAUCAGACGCCUACUACUGCAAAGAAUGCACUAUCCAGGAAAAAGACAGAGAUGGCUGCCCAAAAAUUGUAAAUCUUGGCAGUUCAAAAACAGACUUAUUUUAUGAAAGAAAAAAGUAUGGUUUCAAAAGAAGAUAGUAUCUUUAUUCUUACGUUUACAUCUUAAGAAUGAUAUUUAUGCUGUAAUCUUCCUCUAAACAACCCAAGUAAGUUGAAGUAUAAUUAUAUAUAUUGGUUUUAAAUACAACAGUAAAUUAUCUGCAAUGGAUAAUUUCAUUUGGAAAUAUAUUAGUGAAGAAGGACUUGAAUAAAUUUUCUGUACUUUUACAUUUUAAUGAAGAAAAAAUACAAAAUGAUUGAUUUUCUUUUUUAAUGAUGUGUAUUUCAAUUUAAAUUAUCUUCUUUAUCACAUUACAUAUCAUAAUGUAUUGACUUGUACUACCAAGUGAAGACUUUUUUUCACAAACAGCUUAAACAUGUAUAUUACCGUGAACAGUUAAAUUUAUUAGCCAUGCAAUUAAAAACACUAGGACAAGAACUUAUGAAUUGAUAAAAUUUUAUUUAACACCUAUGUAGAACCCUCAAAUAAAAACUCACGGCUAUUAAAUUCAACUGCCCAUCAAUUGAUUUAUUUAACCCUUAAAAUUACAAACAACGUCUUUCUAAGUUAAAAUUUGUUAGGAU